AUGACUCCUCGUGAAAUAUUUAUUCUAGUCCUAUUAGUUACAAUAUGUUUGCUUGUACCAUCACUCUUCUGCUUAAUCUGUGUAGCUUGUCGCAUGCAUCUCGAUGCCAUUCGCAGGCGCCGUCUCCAGGUUUUCCAGGACACAUCGUCAUUUCCCCGGGAUUCCCCCGUGAUAAUAUCUCUACCUAAUUCAGGCCUCGAUGACUGCACGAUCAAAUUGUACCAAAAGGUAAUCUCAGAAGGCAGAUUUAGAACAGGUUCUGUUGUCCUUGGUGAAAGCCUACGGCUUCCGGGGCUUAACGCAAUGACUUGUCCAAUAUGCCUUGUUGAGUACAGUGCUGGAGAUUCAAUCAGGCUCAUACCUUUGUGCCAACAUUGCUUCCAUGCCCACUGUGUUGAUGAGUGGUUGACGAUGAAGGCUACUUGCCCUGUUUGUCGAAAUUCUCUGCCACCCCGUCAAGAAAACACGAAGCUUGACCAAUUGUAG